AUGUCUUACUUAUCACUUGGCCUUAACUUGCCUGCACGAUUUGGACUUGAUCCUUGGUUUGUCAUGAAGAGAGCUGUAGCACUUCACAGCGCCACAGUCUCAUGUGCAUCAUCGGACAACUCACAGCAGAAUGCCUAUGAAUUGCUCCUCAUCAGCCUUUGCAAAAGUCCAAAACUGAUCACAUGGGAUUCGACUUCAACCCAUCAGUCUGAAGUCUCAGAAGAAAAGUCAAUCGAAUCUUCCCCUUGCGUUCCGCUACCUACUCAAAGGAAGCGUCCUGUUCGUCGACAAAGACUUCCAAAAAUCUUGAUCUCGGAUGAAGAUUGCACUUUGGAUACAGCUUUGGUCCACAGAGUUCAAUCUGAAUCAAAUUUAAUCAACCCAACAACUUCCUUCAUCCCACUCACUGAGGAUCAAUCCGAAAACUUUCACAUUUUCAAUGACUUACUCGCCGAACACAACCUUUCAACAAUCUCAACCCCUACACUUCCUACCUCCAAGUCUUCCUCAAUCAUUCCAAACUCAUCUCGAGCAACAAAAAGAUCACAUUCAAAAUCACAACUUUUCGCCACACCUGCACCAGUUUCAAAGAAAUCAAAAUCAACACCUCAUUGGACUGAAAUCUUAGAUGAUCUAAUGACAGCGGCUGACUGGGAAGAAGCAGAAGAAGAGUUAAAGAAAGAAAGCAAACCAUUAGUUAAUACAACUUCACUCAACCAAACCCUUUCUUUUAUCCCGCUCACUGAAGAUGAAUCUGAAAACUUUCAUAUCUUCAACGAGUUACUUGCUGAACAUCAAGUAUCUACAAAUUCAACCUCAUCACUUUCGAAUUCCAAACUACCCUCAAUCACUCAUAACUCACCAGUUUUCACCACUCAGUCACCAAUUUCAAAGAAACCCAACCCAACACUUCAUUGGACUGAAAUCUUAGACAAUUUAAUGACGGCAUCUGAUUGGGAAGAAGCGGAAGAAGAGUUACGACAAGAAAAGACUUUGAAAUCUUCAACUUCUCCACUGGCUAUUACCACAUCCCCAUCAUCUCUCAGCACGUCCACUUUUUCGAAUUCAAAACCUUCAAAACCUAGCUCAAAGAAUCUCAAAGAUACUAAAAGACAACUUCACUGGUCUGAAAUCUUAGAUAAUUUGAUGACGGAUGAAGAUCGACAAGAAGUCGAUGAAUCUUUCACCAUCACUCUUCCUUUCUCUCAUGAAAGAUCUAUCGAGUCUUCUACUAUUGAUGAGACUUAUUCUCUCCCAUCUACACCCUCUUCGAAUAACCGUUCAUCUUAUUCGAGCGCUGAAAAUACUCAUUCUCUACCAACACCUGUAGAAGAACUCAAAGAUCCGUUUAGUUUAAUCAAUAACAAUUAUCAAAACUCUUACUAUCAUUCAGAUAUCAGUUUUGAGAUUGUGAAAUCUUCUCUAGAAGAAAAUGAUUAUUUUACAACCGAUCUCAGUUUUAAUAUUGAAAAAUCUCUUUUGAAUCUUGAUUUCGACUGUGAAAAUUCUUUUUGUUGA